GCAAUCUGGUCAUGGUGCAGUAAUUUUCGUUGCGCGUUGCGGUCAGUGAUCAGUCAAGAAUCGGAAGCGUUAAAGAACGCAUCGUGCAUUGUGGAUGAAUGAGUUCAAGUGUCUCUAAAAAAGAAAAAAAGAAAGUAUAUAAGAGUGAACAAAUAAUAAUAACUAUUUCUUUCAAAUUUCUUUAAACGAACUUUUGAUUGAAUAUGCAGCGACUUGUUUCCGUGGCUAUUUUGCUGCUCCUGCCGAGUGUUUUAUACGCCGAACAGCCGGUGAUCAGUCACAUCUCAGGUGAUGUUGUUGCAAAUGUGGGCGAAGAUGUACAGUUCAACUGCACUGUCGAACAUGUCGGUCGCAUGUCCGUUAGCUGGGCCAAACGAUCCGUUGUGUUGUCCAUGCGUAAUAUACUGAGUUUAAGCGAUCCGCGUUACACGAUUACCGAGACCAAAGACGAUGCGACUGACAAUGCGACAUACUCGUUGAAGAUAACGAAAAUCGAGGCGAGUGACAUGGGCCCCUACGAGUGUCAAGUGAUUGUGUCCGCCACCGAUAAGCUGACAAAGAAAUUGAACUUGUCCAUCAAACAUCCACCCAUUAUAUCCGAGGAGCGCACACCAAAGUCCAAACUGGUGACCGAAGGCCAGAAUCUCGAAGUCAGCUGUCAUGCGACAGGUUUCCCGCAACCAACAUUGUAUUGGAAGCGUGAGGAUAAUGCAAUUAUGCCUGCGGGUGGUCAAAAGCUUGCCGGACCGACAUUGCGCAUCAAGGAAGUACAUCGGUUGGAUCGUGGCGCUUAUUAUUGUGUUGCCGACAACGGCGUGGGACAACCCGAUGAGCGCAAGGUGCUCAUUGAAGUAGAAUUUCGUCCACAAAUUGCUGUACUACGCCCCAAGGUGGCACAGAUGCUGUCACAUGUCGCCGAAUUGGAGUGCAAUGUGCAGGCAUAUCCUGCGCCGGCCGUUUUCUGGUAUCGCAAUGGCGCCAAGCUACAAUCGAGUGCACGCUAUGAGGUAUCCAACACGGCCUCCUCACAUGAAACCACAACUUCCGUGCUGCGUAUAGCAAGUGUCACCGAGCAAGACUUAGGCGAUUACUACUGCAAUGCCACCAACAAGUUGGGACACGCUGAUGCGCGUCUACACCUCUUUCAGCCAGUGAUUCCGGUGCCUUCCUCCGUUUGAGCGGCGCUGUGAGCUUACUUUUGACUUUUUACGAAUUUAAAUUUUGUCUGGUGGCAGCGAGCACUGGAGCACUGGACAUAUUUUUAAUCUUAUUAUGUAUUGUGCAGUUUUGACUGGUGAAUUUUUUUAUACAAAAGACUAUGUGUUUCUCUGUUUGUUCGUUUUUUGACAUGCUCCUUUGUUAGUUAUUUUAUUCAAUUAAACUUGAUUCACUCGUACAAAUAAUAA